GCAGAGAACGACGCCUCGUCGCGGCUGGUGAUGUGCGAGACGCCAUCGUGGCCGCCGCUGGUGGUGAUGCUGCGCCUGCAGACGUGCUCCGUGCCCGGCCAGGCGAAGACGCAGCUGCUACUGACGCUGGCGGCGCUGGCCCGCUCGCCCGAGGUGGGCCAGGCGCUCUGGCAGGGCCUGGAGCAGGCGCAGGUUCUGCAGACCACCCACGUCAUGCCCGGCCAGCAGGCGCGCGGCAUCAAGAUGGAGCUGGAGGAGGUGGAGGCGCGCGCCGAGCAGUUCGCGCAGACGCGCGCCUUCCUGCGCCUGCUGUCGGUGCUGGUGGACGCCGGCGUGCCGGCCGGUCUCGGCGCCGGCCUGCGCGCGCCCGGCAUCCAUCCCCACCUGGGCUUCGUCAUUCACGACGUGCUGCUCAACUACAACAGCAGGGCUUACAAGGACCCGGCUGAGAAGUACGAGGUGGCCGCCGACUGCUUGGAGAUCCUACUGAAGCUGGUGAACACCUACGACCCGACGGCGGGCGAGCUGGGCCUGAGCGUGAACGGUGACCUGACCUCGGGUCAGCCGGGCGCCGCCGUUGUGCUCCAGCUGAUGCAGCGCUCCAAGCUACUCAAGCUGGUGCUGUCCAUCCUGGACGAGGCGUGCCGCCAGCUGGGCGAAUACCGCGACGUGGCCGGCCGCGCCAGCCAUGGGGCGCUGCCGCCCAGACCAGCUCCCUAA